GUCUCCUCCAAACCCACCUGGUUUUGCACAAACCGCUCAUGCGCUGCUUCCCUUUCUGCUUCCUUUACUUUGCUUUCCCAUCUCAUCUCUCCUCUGACCCCAUCUCCAAUCCUUCCAAAUAUAUAUAUACACUCACACACUCACGCAAAUUCAGCAGCCCUGGGGCAUUGGGGACUCCACCUACAUAAAUAGCAUACACAGGGUCACAUUAAUUUCUAUGUGAAAGCAUAUAUGGAAACCAACCCAUAAUACUGACCCAUCUCCAUGCUCAUAUAUUUUUUUUUUUCCUUCUUUCUUUCUUCUUCUUCGCUGCUUGUCUGUUUUUUUCCGUACCUGCAUCCUGCCAUCUGGUUUAGUCAAAACUAGUCUAGGGUUUUUUGAGAUUCGCUUAUUGGCCGGAAAAGAAGGAGAGGGGGUUGUUGAGGAGGGAGAUAUAUAGCAGAUAAAUAUAUUAAAUAUAUAUAAAUAAAAUGGGGAGAGGUAGGGUUCAGCUGAAACGGAUCGAGAACAAGAUCAGCCGGCAAGUCACGUUCUCUAAGCGCCGGUCGGGAUUGCUGAAGAAAGCUCACGAGAUCUCGGUGCUGUGCGAUGCCGAGGUUGCCUUGAUCGUGUUUUCCACCAAAGGCAAGCUUUUCGAGUAUUCAACCAAUUCCAGCAUGGAAAGAAUCCUAGAGCGAUACGAGAGAUAUUCAUAUGCACAGAGACAGCUUGUCACAACUGAUUCUGAAAUACAGGAGAGCUGGUGUCAAGAGCAUCCGAAACUCGUGGCUAAGAUUGAUGUCUUACAAAGAAACAUAAGGCACUUGACGGGAGAUGAUCUCGAUCCCUUAAGUUUGAGAGAGCUUCAAAACUUAGAACAACAGCUUGACAAUGCUCUGAAGCGCAUACGUACAAGAAAGAAUCAACUCAUGCAUGAAUCCAUUUCCGAACUUCAGAAGAAGGAAAAAGUAUUGCAGGAGCAGAACAAGAAGCUCGCGGAUAAGAUCAAAGAUAAUGAGCAGACAUUGGCUGAGCGCAUGCACUGGGAGCAGCAAAACCAAGGCCACAACUCAUCCUCCUUCAUUCAACAAUCCCCGCGGCAGCGCCCUCCAUCACUACCACUUCCUUCCUUAACCAUUGGCGGAGCUUUUCAAACAAGAGUUGAGGAGGAGGCUGGCGCCCAAACUCGGCGUAAUACCAAUACUAUCAUGCCAUCUUGGAUGUGUCCCCGUGCCAAUGAAUAAUGCAAUGCAGAUGGGUUCUUCCCAAUAAGAUGUAUGUAUCAUUUCAUGGGCUGGCUGGCUGCAGCUGUGAAAGAUUUCACGGUCUUCUGCAAGCGUGUCCCUAAGUUUGUCCAAUUGUGUAGAAUUUAAAAAAAAUAAAUAUCUAUACCAUUGUUAUCAGUUGGUUUGAA